UUGAGGAUUGCAAAACAGAGUUUACUCCACACAUUUGAAGUCCAUUAGCCAUUGACCAUGGCAUCAAAAUUAUGGAAACUUUCUGUCUCAAAUCUCAGCAAGUCAAAUAUCUCCUCAAAUAUAGCGAGCAAACCGGCCAUCAGCCUUCAUUCUGCUCCUCAAACCAACAGGUCACAAUCCCUCCAAUGCAGCAGAUCACUGGUAUCAACUGCAUAUAGAGGAAUAUCUUUGGAACAAAGACAACUUACACUAUACUCUAGCGAUCGACGAGGAUUUCACAGCACUCCACUUGCAAGGGAUAAUAGCGUGUCUCCAUAUCACUUUGAUACUUUUAAAUUUGUUAGACGAUUGGAAGCAGAGGGAUUUACAUUGGAGCAAAGUGAAGCUGUCAUGUCCAGUCUACGAGAGGUGAUCGACGAAAGCAUGGUUAAUUUGAGCAACACUAUGGUGACCAAAGCUGAGCAGGAGAAGACCGUAUAUACCUAUAAAGUGGAUUUUGCAAGUCUCAAAUCUGAAAUACAACUACUGGAAAAGAACGAUUUUACCAUGAUGAAGGCAGAACAUGAGCGCCUUCAGGGCGAGAUUGAAAAACUAAGACAAAAGCUCCGCGAAGAAAUUACCAGGACUCAAGCUAAUGUUCGUCUCGACCUUAACUUGGAAAAGGGUCGGAUACGCGAUGAAGCGAGUGCUCAGGAAAUCAAGAUAAAAGAGACAGAUACCAGAAUCGAAAGCGAAAUUGCUGGUCUGCGAACGCAAAUGGAAGCUAUCAAGUUUCAAAUAUUACAAUAUAUGGUUGGUACCAUUACUGGUGCUGGAGCUCUUAUCCUUGCAUACCUCCGCAUGUUUAAAUAGAAAGUAUAAUGAAAGAUCAUGUAAUAGACAAUCUUGUAACAUUUUUCAAACAGAAAUUUAUUGCGAUAGCCAGUUUCUGAGAGCCUUGACUCAACAAUGGCAAGAAUGAAGGGAAACAGGGAGAGGGGACUGGUUGUGAACAAGGUGUCUAAACCAUUUGUACAAAGGGUCACUGAUAGAUAUGAUGGUAUUCGUGUUCGGAGCUGCUUUGAAAGGUCAUACAGCAAAACUGAUAGCUCUAUCGUCAUAACGUAACUGGUAACAAACUUAUCGUCCAUACCUAAAGAUGAUAAUUUUGUAAACGAAAGAACAUUACGACACCCUAUAAUCAUUAAACAUUCACAAUAUCAUACUUUUGGAACUCCCACUCGCGAUUAUCCAAGGGACACACCUGUCUACUCUUCAACCAACGAGAUAUACAAUGGAAAUGGAAAGCGUGCUAGUGCGAAAAGAUGCGUUAGCUUAGGUUUCUAGGCUAUAAUUGUGGAAUGCGAUAA